UUGUUAAUCAUAUUUUAGCGAAGGCAAAGCAGCCAUAUAUUAAAGGAAACUUCCAAUAUAGCAAAGUUGAAUGCGUUUACUAAAAUGUAAGGUGUUGUCUAUUCUAUGUGAAAAUUGACAAAAAAAAUCUUCCGGGUAACCAUCUUGUUUAAACAUCGUUGCAAAACAGUCGUGCAUAUGAUAUAAUGGCGAGCGGAGGAAUUGCGUAUAUAUGUGUUGCGAUAGUUGCAGUAUGUUAUUCCGUGUAUAGCUGCGAUGACAAUGUUCGACUUCUCAGUGGGUUACACUUAAGGAGUCCGCAGGUACGAACCAAACCAUUGAAUGGAGGAAAGGAAAUAUUCUUAAGUGAUGCCGCUAAUAUAUCUGGAUGGUAUAGUACAACGCUUGAUGGUUGGCAAUACAUCAUGACAGACGUUUCGAAUAAACCCCACUUCUUGCAAUGUUCUACGUACAAGCCUAUCUACUUAAAAGAAAAUCAUACUUUAAUAAACGAUCUUGGAGAGGAUCCGACUGACAUAGUAGCUUGUGUCCGUAAUGGUAAAAAGCAAUGUAGUACACAAUUUACUAUUCAAGUGAGAAAAUGCAAAGACGAAAUCCAAUAUCAAUUGAAAUCAACUGCACCGUACAGCGCCUACUGUUUUGAAAAGCAUAAACUUCUCAAAAGAUCUGCAAUGUUUCUUGCUCCGGAAAAUGUUGACUUGGGAAGAAUAUAUGUAAAACCAGAAUUGGAUUUUAUAUCGGAUCAGCUAGGUUUUUUUACUCAGAAAGUACCAUAUUUGAAAUUUUGGUGUCAAUUCAAUAACAAAGAAGAUUUAUUCUAUACAGUUACAUGGUAUAUUGAUGAAAUUCCCUUAAACGAGACAAUGGGACCAAGUACAGAUAUGGCUGAUCUUGUCUUAAACGAAGAUCAUUUGACAUCAAGAAACAUUCCUCUUGGGAUAUACAUAAGAUGUGGAGUAAGUGCCUCGAUUGGUGUCAAUGGAAUGUUCACACCUAUGAAAAGGAGUUCAAAAUUUUACGCAGGGAUCAAGAUUACGAAUAGAAAUAUAUAUCUUGAUAAGGCAAGUUCGGCAGUAAUACAAAUGGUUUCAACUGUCCCAAUUGGUUGUCGGUACAUUAUUGGUCUAGGAAUGUCUACUUCCAUGACUUGCAAGUCAGUAAUUAAACUUUUCGUUGAUAAUGAUGAUCAUUUGCAAUGUGAAAGGGGAACAAUUUUAAACAAAGUUCCGGAGGAAACAGGAUUUCAAAGAUGUACACAAUACAUAAUGGCCCUGGCUGAGGGAGAUACAUGGGACCCAAGUACUCAGUUCAACUUUACCAUAGUGACUUCGGACCACAAUUAUGAUGAUAAAGACAAAUUCAUCCUUAAACUUCAAUUUGAUGAAACAAUGGGUCACACAAUUUGGAGACAGUACUUCUUUCCAGAAAUAAAGGUGUUUGUACAGAAUAUACUUGCCUACAAAUCUAAGAUUUGCAGAUCUCAAAACGGUCAACAUAUGAGAACAGCCGACGGAUACUAUUAUAUGAAUAGCGUGCAAGGAACAUACAUGCUGUAUAUCAAUAAGAAAUACAACAUCGAAGUACAACAAAUUAUAAAACAAUGUGAUUUUGGACCACUUCCUGCAAAAUGUGCAUGUGCUGUAGCAAUAAGUGCUGGACAAGAUGUAUUUAUGAUUAAUCGUUGUGGAAUCCCUACAUUUUUUGCGUUUACACAAUGUGGAGAUGGUGGGAUCUUAGAUGUUCAAAAGAUAAAUGAUAAUUUGUAUAGGGUGUUCACGCCAAUAGGCACACGGAUAAGCAUUGCUCUCAAUGCACACGCAAAAUGGAUGAACGUGGACAUAACAAUGGCUCCAAAAGACAUGGGCAAUGUAUAUGGGCUAUGCGGACAAGUGGAUGGUGACAUGUUUAAUGAUUUGAUACAUAGACACAGCAUCAUGAGCUCCCCUCAAGGAACAAAUUCAUACAAUAACCUUCCUGAAUUUGUUGAAUCUUGGAGGAUAGAAGAAAAUGCAGAGGAAAAUCUUUUCCGACCAGCCCUAAGAACAUUAGCUCCUUGGGUUCGAGAAAAUGGCUUAUAUUGUGUAUGUAACAGUCUAUACAGAAGUAACGAAGCAUUGUGUUCACCAACUCAGUAUCUUGAGUGUUCAAAAACAGGCUCUAUAACAAGAACUAAAUGUCGCAUUAAUGGCCGACGGAAAAGAAGAGCUGGGAAUCACUCUAGUAAAGAAAUUCACCGAAUUUUGUCAAAAAUCGCAGUUCAAUUUAGUAGCAGUAAACAGCGUGAAGAAGUACAAGAGAUAGAGAUAACAGAGGAAUCUAAAAGUUUUUGUCGCAACAAGAUAUCCAGUAUACCAGCGUUAACAAACUUAACGAAUUUGGGCUUCAUUGACGAUGAAGAUAAUAUUUUACAACAGUGUGAAUUUGACUUUUCCGUAAUGAAGGAUACACACUGGGCAAAUUUUCUUGUUGAAGCUUUCAAUGAUGGAGUUAAAAACAUGUUGGAUCUCCAACCAAAAAUUGUUAAGAACAACUCAGAAAAGGUUAAAGCAUUCUAUGCGAAUACAUGUCCUAUGAAUUGCAGUAAUCACGGAGAAUGCAUAGAAUCUGGCAUAUGUUCCUGUCUUACGUUCUACAAGGGAUCUGACUGUUCAAUAGACGAAAGGGACGGUCUCACUAUUUUGGACAUAGAAGGCGGGGGAGAAUGUGAUCUUGCAGACGGUGAAGCAUGUGAAUGUUUCUAUGUCCGGUCUGAGAACAUCCAGGAUAACUUUACUUGUAGUGUAAACACUUCAAAGAUCUUGAAGAAUGGAGCUGUAGAGCCUGUCUCAUCUAGUUCGUCAAUUGGUGGCUACGAGGAUAUUUUCACAGGUAUAUGUUGUGCCCCGAAAAGUAUAAUUGGGAAUGACGAUGUAUUUGUUGCGCAAUACACGGUGUCAAUUAGCAACAAUGGUAUUCAUUUUGGUAACGCGGAAAGUGUUUACGUCUUCGAUUCUGUGUGUCAGCGCAUCUCUACAAGUGAAUCUGGAAGUAAAUCAUUCAGUCUAAAGGACGGUCAUUGCUUUAUUAGUGGCUACUGCUACUCGGACAACGAAAUGGCACCUUUCGGAUGUCGUGCCUGUCAAUCAUCUAAAGCGCUUUACGAUUGGACAGAUGUUAACCCGUGCCAUAACGGAGGAAAUUGUGUCGAUAAAACAAUCGGAUAUUACUGUAUGUGUCCACCUGGUUACCGCGGAUUCAAUUGCGAGUAUGAUAUCAACGAAUGUGCAUCGGAUCCAUGUCAGAAUGGCGGAA